UAAUAUUCUAUAUGUACAAUAUUUUAAUUUUUUAAUAUUUUUUAAAUAUAUUUUAUUAUUUUCCCUCAAACUUUGUAUUAUUUUCCUUUAUAAAUUCAUGGAAUUGAUAAAUUCAUGUUAAUGUAUAAUAAAAAUUACCUUUUGAGGCCAUGUAGAGCUUUUGCCGUUUUUACUAAAAAAUCCUCCAAGUCUAAAAAACCAGAUUCCAAUGUGAAAAUCCUCGAACAACUACAACAAUAUGAUACUCCACUUACAUCAACAAUUGUUAGUAGCGAUUCUGGUUCAUCUGACUCGAAACCAUCGAAAUAUGAACCUAAACCUGGUUUUGUAGUUCCUACCAGAUUUAGAAUUGGCCUCAACCAAAAGAUUUCUCAACAUGAUAUGAAUAUUAAGUAUAGUAGAGAUACUGAUUGGAACUAUACUUAUUCAGACUUCAGUGGCUUAAGAUAUCCAACUCUGGACACUUCCAGAAAUAGAAACUACUGGAAGGAUUCUGGUUUAAACAGACUAAUUCCACGAGUAUUCCCAAUAAAACUUCCUACUCAUAGGAAAGUAGACCCGUUGAUGAGAGAAUAUAUAUAUUUCCUGCACACACUUGACCCUGGUAGAUUUAGAAUUGAGAGAAUCGCAGAGCGUUACGGUUUCAGAGGUGUUACUGUAUCUAAGAUAAUAAAGGAAUUCAGUUUGCUUUACUAUAUUAAGAGAAAUAAACUUUGUAAUAUUGAAGAUAAGAGGAUUGAUCUGGCAGAACAAAGACUACAAAUUAAAGAAGCUUCAUAUAGAGAUAAUGUUGGAUACAUACACACAUCCAAUGAACAAGAAGACCAUGAACUAGAAUACAAAGGGGAUAAGGAUACAGUUGAUUGGUUAUAUAGGCAGUCAGUAAUAGCAGAAUCUAUGUCUUCAUUUCCAUAUCCAUCAACCAGAAAACCAUUUCCCAAAAGAGUCGAAGUUGACUUAACUGUAAAAAACGAAAAACACGUUAAAGUUAUCAACUGGAUUGACCCAACUGAUAAAGUUAUCAUUUAA